CUCGUCAAAUAGCUCCCUUCUCCACGGGUGCUGCCUGCGGCACCUGCAGCACCUGCAAUAAGCCAGAAAGAACUCUCUCCUGCCUUACCGAAUUACCGGGAUUCUGGCCCUUCUUAUCUUCCCUCUCAUUCAGGUUUGCCGCUUGGCCGAUAGUCUUGCUGUGCCAUGUCAUCGGCUCUCCAUAAACUGUCAACAAGCCUUUCACUCUUGUUCUCGCCAUACGCAGAGAAAACUCCACCACAGCCAUGUCCACCUCUCCAGAGUCUCUGAAGAGCGUUCUAGUCACAGGUGGUGGCGGAUUCCUGAGCUCCCAUAUCAUCCGCCUGCUCGUGAAGGAGCCCGGAUGCAAGAUCUACUCUGCUAGCCGUGAUCCGAGAAGCCAUCCCGACCAAGAGCCUACAGUCAUGUACGAGUCGGUCGAUAUUGCGAAUGAAACCCAAGUCGAAGCACUGUUCAGGCGCACUCAGCCACAGGUUGUCAUCCAUACUACCUCUCCUCACCCACUUGCACCGCAAGCGAUGCAGGAACGUGUCAAUUUUAUUCUGUCUGUUUAUCUAUCUUCACCGGCUCGAGUGCCUGGUAUGUACGGUACCUAUGACUACAAGGGCAUGCUACCCCAGCUUCUGGAUGCGGUGCGUAAAGGACAACACAAGAUGCAGAUCGGCGAUAACAAACGAGUGUUCGAAGUUGUCGAGGUUCGUAAAGUAGCUGAGGCCCACAUCCUUGCGGCCAAGGCGGUGCUACGUAGAGAGAUCAGUCCAACGAAAGUACCGAAAGUAGAUGGCGAGGCCAUCUUCAUCAGUGAUGGUCAUGCGAUUCCGUACUGGGAUUUCUUUCGAAAAUGCUACGCCGCUGCAGGGGCGCCAGUCAAGCCUGAGAAGAUCAAGGUUAUUCCACUGGGCGUGAUGCAGAUCAUGGCUUCUAUGGUCGAGUGGUUCUUCGCCAUCUUCACAUUGGGUCACAAGACCCCAGAGAUGCGGCGACAGAACAUGGGCCAUUUCGAGCGGGGAUGCAAUUGGUCGCUCGGGAAGGCGAAAGAGCGACUAGGUUACGAGCCUUUGACUGGGGCAGAGCAGGACGAGGCAAUCAAACCAAUGGUGGAAUGGGGCCUCGGCGAGCUGAAGAAGCCGUAG